CGAACGACUGUCAGUGCAAUUCCGUCGAGCAGUCGCUGUAGUAGCAAUAGCGUCAAGGCGAUUUCCGCAAUCGAUGAAUUUUCGCGUUUUGUUCUUUGCAAAUUGGUAAUUAUAUUGAUCCGAGAGUCAUGUAAUUAAAAAGAUACACAAUGCCGGCACAGGAAGAUAUGGACCUUUGUACCGACAAGGUCCUUUCCAAAGGUAGAAUCCUUCAGGAACUAACAAAAGCUGUCAAAUUGGUAUUUGCCCAGAGUCUACAUGGUACAGUGGUGUUGGAUGGUGAUUCUUGGUUGGUCUACUGGUUAGAUCGAGCAUUGCGACAUGGCUUACGUGUAGAAAGACACGGAUACUGGGGCACCGCACGAGAGCUUAGCCACCAGGACACCAUUGUGGUUAUACAUGCAUUGCAGAGCGUUUUAACUUCUAUUGGAAAAGGACGAGCCUGGCUUUAUCACACUUUGAGUGAGGGAAGUUUUGAAAGCUAUUUAGCUUGCUUACUGCGGGAUACGAAAACUUUGAAGAAACAAUACUUUCCCCAUGCACUAGUAAGAGAUGCUGACAAAACUAAUCAGUUGGUGAAUCUUCUAGCCGGUCUAGAAAAUGUAUCGUUCACUUUACAACUGGACGUGACGUAUCUCGACAUCUGCAACUACAUGCCUCAAAGACCUAUGAGCGGAUCUCCUUCUGGGACAGCACUCUCUUUGCAUCUUAGAUCAUCAAGCAUCUCCUCGAGCCUAGCAUCUCCUGGUGACAGUGGUGUCGCCCUUGAGGAUAGUGACAUGGACCUCGCCAAUGAAACUGAUGCUAGCAGCUACAAGGAGGAGGACUCUUCGAUUGAAGAUAUUCCGAAGUAUCGUAACAAUAAAUAUGCAAAAAUUACUUCCAACGACGGUGGCGUCGGUAUUAGCAACGACGGCUCUCGAGACAAUAAGCACUAUGACCGAUCAUUCUCUUCUAGCGAAUCCAGCGAGGAAGGCAAGACACCGAUUGAAUCUCCAAGACAAUUGAUGCUCGGCAAAUACCAAAAUGGAGUCGUCACCAAUAGUGACAUAGUUAAUCAGAAUGUCUCAAGUAAGCUUGACGAUAAUGAGCUUAAUGGCUCAAGCUUGGAUACCUUGAAGGACUACAGUUUCUACAGCAAGAGCCUCGACGAUUCGAAACUAGACAAGAGGACGAAUGAGUUCGACAAUGCACCUAAGGAUUUCAACAAGAGAUAUAGCUACUAUGGUGACGGGAGUUAUAGCUUUAAGAAGAAUAUCGAUCCUCGCAAUUCUUACGUGAUUAACAAUGACACAAAUCUCUUGGAACUGAGCAUGACAAUUUCGGACUGCGAUAACACAGAAGCACCCUAUAGUAUACUCAAUACUAUUAAUAUGACAGAUAGCAGCAUACUCUCGUGCUCAGGAUCAGAAAGCGUCGUGCAACGGAGGCAGCGCAAGAAGAAGCGCGGCGAGAGUAAGAAACGCGUGAGUUUCCAUGAGGACAUCUUCAAGACAAUGAAGCUGGAUGACGUGGAGGAGAAUUAUACGGAAUUCUCAAUGAGUUUCUUGCCACCAAAUUGCGUGGCGAAAAAGGACGUUCAGAAAGGACGCUAUAGUUGGUGCGCUCAUGGAGAUGCUCCUUACGUUCAGAAAAACGCACAGGUACGCAACGCUCAUUCUGAUUAUUAUUCAUCCACUUCCUCUUCCUCGUCGCUGUUCUCGGCGUUAACACGUCUUCGACCUUCCGAUGGUCAUUUCGAUGGUGAUAAGAGACUCCGGUCAACGGUUCAUCAGUGCGGCCAAGUACAAAGUCAUGAAAACACGUCAAAUGGUACUUAUUUUCCUGGUACCAAUGGUAACGCUGAUUCUAGUGGUGGUGCUGUUACUGGGACUGGUUCUGGUUCUGCUGCUGGUACUAUUGGUACUGGUUCUCAAAUUGUUAUUGGCGCUGCUGGAAGCAAUGGUGAUGAUGAAAGUAAUGAGAAAUCACCAUUACCCGAACGUGGAGUACCCGAAGGUCAAGAAGAUCCGACAAGAUAUUUUAGGCCAAAAAUUGAAAUAGAACUUGAGGAGAACGAGGCGCAGGAAGCAUAUAUAGCAGAAAAGGAAUGUGGAAAUAUAAUAGAAGAGGAGCCACCACCGAUGUCAUCAUCGAUAUAUGGACCAUCUUCGACGUCGUUAAUCUUCAAGACGGACACCUCCAGGAACUCAAACUAUGGAAAUGCAAAUACUAAGAAAUAUGCAAGCUCCAGUGAUUGGUCUGAUAUCGAAAGUGUGACUAAUUCUGAUAUAGAAGAUAAAAAAUAUCUUGCUGGGAAUAGUAGACACCUGGCGUCGCCAUUGAAGACACGUAACGUCGUCACGUCGAUUCUGUUCAAUGGAAAUAAUAAGUUGCCUGUACCAACUUUGCGACAGUCAUCUUCCAAAACUUCUCUAUUGAGUCGUUUUCUCAAGUCCAUCACAGAGCGGAAAUUUGAGAAUAAGAAGAGUACCAAACAGCCAGUCAAGGCAAAUCCUCUUUAUAUUAAAUGCGCAAAGGUCGAUCCCGAAUCGUUUAAAGAUUUUAAUGAUAAUCUUGAGAAAGAGAUUCAGGAGAACGUGGCAGCUGAGAAACGUGAAUUCAGUGGCGAAAAGGUCAGCCUUAAACUUAGGGAGACAUUUAAGCGCCACAUAUAUCGAGACAAGACAGAAGAACUUUACAAGGUGUACAAAGUGCGAAGCUCUUAUAUGACCAAUGGAGAAAGUAAACCAAUGUUGGCACUACUGACGGACAAAACUUUGUAUUUGACAGCAUCCAAGAUAGAUCAUUCGUACAGUAAUCAGUUUGUCAUUCCAUAUAAUGAACUGGACGUCAUAAUGAUUGGACCGAAUGCACAAACGAUCUUGAUAUCCAAUGCGGAUUAUGAGAUGCAGUAUCCCUUCUCAACGGGCAGUGCUCAGACAACCUCAGAACUUAUCGCUCAUUUGGAAAUGGCUAUGAGGAGAUCACCAACAAAGCCCCGUUUGCCUGCUGUCAAAGAAUUAUCUUAUGAAGAUAUGCAUACACUCAGACAUGCGAUUCUUACUGAAACUGUUGUACAUCCGGAAGAGAAAAUUGAACAUUACAGCCUCGUUUAUAUGGAAGACGAGCACGUCUCGCCACCCAGUACUCCGUGUGGACCUACUAAAGAGGGUGAUCUUAUGUUCAGGGCACAUACCUAUCAAGCUUUGUAUCCCAAUGCGCCGACUAACCCUUGGGAGGCAGGAUAUUUUGUUCUGAAGGGUGGCGUAGUCUAUAUGUUUACUGAUUCAAAUCAACGACUUCCAAAACGCGCUAUUCCUCUUAAAAGUGGUUUGUGCCAGGGUUGUCGAAGAAUUCCGAAUUCCCAUAGACCACAUACCUUUGAGAUAAUCCUCAAACCGAACAAGUCCUUUCAGUUCGCAGCUCCCGAUGAGUACGUAGCCUCAGAAUGGUUACAAAGCUUUGUCCAGAGUGCAUCAGGAUUAUUUGACUCCUCUGAGAAAAAAGAGCCUCUACCAUGCAGCUUAAUAACUACGACAAAGCACUUGGUAGCUAUGAAAGAAGCUUUCCCAGGUACACAGAGAGGGCAGACUCUUAGUUGUGCUAGUGUAGAGGAUCUAACAGCAUUCCGAGUUCCACUAGCACAACAAGCUUGGUGUAUCCUGGAGUUCGCUUGUCGAGAAGUCCAUGAGAGCAGCGGCGACUGGGUUAUUUAUUUUACUAAUUACAAUGAACUCUGUACGUUUCGAGAAGUUCUAGAAACUCUAUGGGCAGAUCUCCAUCCGGGUGAAUUUCCUAUGAUGACACUACCACCCGAGGAUAAGCUUCAUCGACACUGUUCAAACGCCAGCAAAGACCUGGAGCACGCCUGGCAAUACUUAUUGCCCGUUGCAUCCGACUAGUCAUGAUGUUCGCGCUAUAUAUUACACGGUAGAAAUGAGAAUGAAACUACUAGUCUUCUGUAUACCCACUCUCUUAUAUCCGCAAUAUUAUAAUUCUAAGUUCUUUAUGCUUCGUCCGAAGAUCCUAGAGUAUUUUGAAUUUCCAAAAACAAAAAGCGUAUCACAACAUACCUUAUGCCAGCUUAUAUCUCAUUAUCUGAGUCAAUCUCUAUUAUUUAAUUACGUAAUUCAAUGGCACUAGAAGGGUCAUAGAUCUGAUUCAGUAAAAUCAAUUUUAACAUAUUAUUGUAUUUCCCUAACACAAAGAGGAGCAUGUAAUCAGUUGUCACCAGAACCACCACUUCUGAUUGUUGAUAACGAGUGAUGGAAUACUCCAAUUUUUUUAUCCAAAGGUAUAUCCAAAAUCUUUUUAUUCUCCACUGUACUCCAUACAUAGUACAGCUGAUCUUUAACUAUUACAAAUCGCUAAUGGUAUCAUUUCUUUCUUCUUGCAUUUCCCAUUAUUAAUAAAUCCUCGGUCUAAUAUACCAUUGAUUCAAAUUAUUGGGAUGUGAUUAUAUACAAUCGUCAUCUGUGAUUAGUCACUAUAUAAUGAUUAUACCUACAGUAUGUAUUCGCAUUUACCGAAGAUAUGCACUUGUAUCAACGGAUCAAAUAACGACUAUGAUAAAUCGUGCAAAUCAUUUAAAAGUUUUCGAUGAUACUCGUUAUUCGAUGAAACUUUAUUAUAUUAUUAAAAAAGAGAAAUUAUAGUUAUUCACGAUACUGGGAACACUCUAUUAGAGAGAGAGAGAGAAACUCUGUUAAAGCGCACUGGUCGAAAUUGGCAUUUCAUUGGUAAACGCUGAUUAGUUACAAACUAAUCCGUUAAUUUAUUGUUUAUACAUUUUAACACAAUUUUAUGCGUUUGAUUCACGCAUAUGAUGUCCCCGCAGUAUAUACAUACAUUCAACUAAGGGAGAAUUGAUAUAUAGAUUAAUUAAAGAAAUAUUUUUAUUUAAUCCUUGGAACACCACGCAUAGUAAACAUAAUUAUAAGUAAUCUAUGAAAUCAGUAUAUUUUAUAAUUCCUUUGCAUUUUAUUUAAAAAGGUCUUUUCACCUUCACAACGGAUGUGACCUUUUGCAUUUCUUAUAAGAAAUAAAAAACUCAAGAAUCUUGGAUUAUCGAGAUGAUAAGAGUUUCGCAAUAUCAAUAUUAUAAGUGUUACGAAAAAGAUAAAAUAUGAUUAUGAUUUGAAAUAUAAUAAUUAUUUAUUUUAAAUUUUCCAAUUGAAAACCACACACUAAGCAGAACUGAUUAUUAAAUGUUUUUUUGCGCUUCCGCGUGCGAAAACUUUUAAAUUUUCAAAGGCUCAUAUUCUUGUAGAAAUUGUUUACUCCUAAUGAAAUGCAUAUAUGUCUCAUUAGUUAUAAGGAAUUGAUCUCUCCCUCUCUCUCACAAUCACACACAAAUACGGAUACAUACGUCAGUCUCCCUAUUCAACUAUAUUUAUCUGAAAGCACAGAAAUUAAAAAUCACAGGCUCACAAUAGUUAAACCACCAUAUGUAAAAGAAUUUCAUUAUUAUCUAUGUUGUUUUCGCCAGUUCAUAUGUUGCCUUAAAACAGUAAUGUGUCUAUUUAUUACGGCGGCUAUGUCGAGCAAUUGAUAUAUAUAUAUAAAUGAAAUAUGUGUAUAGUUUCAUUAAUUUUUGGUGGAUGCGAUUUGUCAUACGCGAUAAUCGUGCAUUGCGAUGCACUUUGCAAUCCGCUUGUGAAUAGUACCGAUAAUUAUGUGCGCAAGGUACAUCGUAUGUGCGCGAUCACGAAUGAAUUGUGAUAGAAGUAUUAGAUUAUAAUAAAAAACUACGGUAUACUAUAUCGAGAAUUGUUAAUUUAUUAUAUCUUAGAAUGGGUAGUUCUAUAUAAAUUAUAUAAGCAUUAUUGUGGCGAACACGUAGAACGAUGUAAUACAUUGCAGUUUUGUAUACUAAGUUUUUCUCGUCGUACAGUUUAACAAUUAUACGGAUAUACGUAUAUGAGUUUCCUUUCUAUGCUAAAACUAAGCCGAUGAUAAUAAAUCUGUGUAAUAUUUGUGCGUUCAUUGCCUAUUAUAGUGGUAAAUAGCUCUCAGCGAGUCUUACGUUACUUUGUUUUACAUUAUUUUUAUUAUAGCGAACAAAAGCCAAUAAAGUAUGCAAACUA